AGUGGUACAUACCUCUUCCGGUGGUUCCUCGUGUGCCAUGAGGCAAAGGUUGGCGCUUUCAUUUUCUUCGCCUUCCGAUGACUCGUCGCCGGAAUCACCUCCCCAUGAGAUACUCAUAGGUUUUGAGAAUACCUCUAAGCCCGUCAAUGGUGACGUUGGUGAUGCCAAUGGACUCUUAGAUGGCAUCGGCUUUGGAGCGCCAUUCCGGUGUGAGACUCCGCAGGAUUUUUCUCACAAGCUCCUUGUCCGUCUUGAUGCCAUUCUCCAAGGCUGGAUUCUCUCCACCAUCACUGAUGAAGUUUCAGAUCUAGUUAUUUCCUCGGUCUCUACUACUUCUGCUCUCUGGAAGGUGAUUCACGACCUGUUUCACGACAACAAACAUGCUCGCGCCAUGCAACUCGAGCACCAAUUUCGCACCACCGUCAAAGGAUCUACUCCCAUGGCUACGUAUUGUCAAGAGCUCAAAAAUAUUGCAGAUUGGCUAGAUGACGUAGAUGCCCCUGUGUCUGAGCACCAACUUGUUCUCCAAAUGUUGCGUGGCCUCCCCGAUGAUUUACAAGCCCAAACUUCGUUCCUUCAAUUUCAAGAUCCCAUGCCGAGUUUCCUCCAGGUCCGGUCGGCCCUCCUUCUCCUUGACCGACAACGGACCCCCCUGGGCAGCACCAGCAGCACGGCGCUGCUGGCGGGGCAUGGCGGCAGCAGCCACGCAGGCGGACAGCACGGCGGGACUGGCGGGCGCGGCUCUUCUAACGGUGGCAACUCCGGCGGUGGGGGACAAUUUUUUGGCAGCAACUAUGGUGAUGGUUCAUCCUCCGGGCAGCGUGUGGCUUUGGACGCGGACAAGGGCGUAGCAACGGCAACCGGGGUCGUGGUCGAGGGUGCCAAAACAGCGGAUCGAGGCAGCGACCACCCACGGACGGGCACAAUUCCUGGAACUCACCGUAUCCAAACCCUAACCCCGAGGACAGAGGCCGAGGUGUCCAAGUCAAAGUGCCUGGAUCCAAAGCGUCCAAAGUUGGACGCCUUACGCGGCCCGUGCAUUCGCUGCUUGCCACGUGUCUUCCUUGAUCUGCAAUUCAGCCAAGGCGUCCAACUCCCAAGCGUCCAAGUUGGAUGCCUUAGGCCCUGGUCCGUUAGGGCUUCGCGGCUGAUGCGAGAUCUUGGCCCAAUUUCGCUGGUUUUUGGCCCGAACGUCGAUUCUAUAUUCCGGAAGCUCGUUCAAGCCCGAAUCUUGAUCCUUUGAUGAUUUAUUCCCUUUUUCUCAAGCGUUUGAACAUAGAAUGGAUGAUUUAUGAUGAUUUAAUGUGGAAUCCCAUUUUAUGACUCUUAGAACGAAAAUUAGAGUUUUAUUCAUUGAAAUCACAUUUUAUAAGAUGAUUAAAUACUAUUUACGUGCAAUAAUGUUUAGAAUAUGAUGUAAAUGAUAAGAACAAAAUGGACUUAUCAAAUUUCUCACACUUAAAUUGUAACACCCCAACUCGAAUAACCCAUUUACCUAGAUUAUUUGAGCCGGAGUAGUUACCAUGAUGGUAAAUACGCAUGAUAAUUUGAAGGAUAAUUUAAAACCAAUUUAAACUUUAACGUAAAAGAUAAUUUCAAAUAUUAAAUUCAGAGUAUUGCUGAAACAGUGCGGAAGCUUAAAUAUAAAACAUAAUCAAAUUGUUUUACAUUUUCUGGGUACUCGCCCGAAAAGGUAUUUAUUUAAUUAAGGCAUCAUAAAUGUGGUCCACCAGUCCGUACAUCUCUUCACUCUCAUUGACCUCCGGGAUGGGCUCCAUGACCGGUAUCGUUACCUGCGUGUAGCAAGUAAAACAAACUACACGCU